UUUCUCUGGAAAAAAUUGAGCUCGUGAUUUUAUGUGGGAAGAUUGAUUUCGUGAUUAUUCCGUUGGAUUGAUUGGUUGAUUUUGAUAUACUUUGAUCUCGAGAUUAUUAUUCAUCUAUUAAACAGGCCAAAGAUGGUUGUUGCAGAGUUCAAAUUUUGCAAUCAGACCAUCUCGCAUCCUGUUUCAGGAUCAAUUACUGUCAAGGAGAUGAUAAGUGUGGUGAAACAAAAGUGGCAUUAUGUUCCUGAAGACCUCAUUCUUUUUAGUUACACUGUAGAAGGGAUCUCAAAUGUUAUCAAUCAUGAUUUGGAUUUGAGGUUUUUCAUUCACUAUUGCACCUCACAAGGGAUUGACUUGGUGAAGUUUGAAAUCCAGUUAAGGACCUGUGUUGAUUCUAUUUCUUCAUCUUCAUCUUAUGCUCCUGCUCCUUCUUCUUCGUCAUCAUCAAGUUGUAUUUCAAGCGAUGAGGUAGUUGAAUUGGAAGACGUCACUGAUGAUGCGUGUUUGAUCAAAAAGGUCUCGAAGAAGUCUGAUGCUUGGGUCAACAUCUUAACUGGAGUAAGGAAGUUGUUUGAAGGUGGUAUUAAAGAAGUUAAGGAUUGUGUUAAAAAGUAUGAAAUAAAUAGUGGUCGCAAAUACAAAUUGAAGAAGAGUUACCUUGUACGAUACACUGUGGAGUGCAAGUUCAAAAAGGAGGAAAAUUGUCGCUGGAGGUUUCACGCCUCUCUCCUCGCCAAUACAAAAGGUGUAUUUCGAUGCAUGAGAUACAUUGAGGAGCAUUCAUGUAGUUUAGCUUAUUUUGACCCAUCAAAAGUUAGGAUGAGAAAAUCGUUUAUGAAAGAUAUAUUGGCAGAUGAUUUACGAGAAUCUAAGAAGAAGAAGACUGCUUCUAAUGUUAUAGAUUUACUCCGAAUGGAAUGUGGAGUUGAUCUCACGUAUAGUCAGGCAUACCACGAUUUACAAUCAUUUCUUUGGGGUGAUGACAUCAAGUCUUAUUCAGAUUUUGUUUGGUAUAAAAAUGCCAUUGAACAUUACAAUCCUGGAAGCGUCGUGAAUUUUGAGUAUGAUGGUGUGACUCGUCGGUUCAAAAGGUUUUUCGUGGCCUUUGAAGCUUCUAUAUCUGGUUUCAACAAUUACUGUCGUCCGAUGCUAUUUAUUGAUUGUACCUUUCUCACUGGGAAGUUCAAAGGUGGUCUUAUGGUUGCUUGCGGCAAGACUGGUAACCAAGAGAUCUAUCCAGUUGCAUUUGGAAUUGUUGAUAGUGAAAAUUGUGAUAGUUGGGGAUGGUUCUUAACCAAUUUGAAGGGUAUUAUUCAUGAAGAUCGUCCACUAACCAUCAUAUCAGAUCGUGGAAUCGGCCUUUUGAAGCAUGUGCCUGUAGUCUUCCCAAAGGCUUUCAAUUCCUACUGUUUGUACCAUAUGAAAGGAAAUAUUCCUGUUCCAAAGGGCAAGAGCAGACAAACUACAGUCAAGUUAUUCGAAGAGUGCUACACUGCAUUAACAAAGGAAAAAUUUUAUGCUGCUGCGAAGAGUAUGAGUAUUCUAAAGUUGGAUUUGGUGGUUACUUGGAUGAUGAAGAUUCCAUUUGAGAAUUGGGAUGAUCAUGCAUUUCUAGAAUAAAGGUGGGGUGAGAACACGUCUAAUAUUGCUGAGAGUUUUAACAACGUUAUUAAGCAUGAUAAGCCGCUUCCAGCACUUGAGCUUGUUGAUGUUAUUCGUGCUAAAGUGAUGGAGAAGAAUUACAAGAGGUUAGU